AAGAUUUUCGGAGUGUUGUAUACGUUAAUUUGCUUUUCUUUUUCGUGUUAUUGUUAUUUAAAUGUCGUUUGCGGUGGAGACGAGGUGAUACUUUCCCUUCAAAAGCCUCCUGGCUGGAAUUACUGGAGGGUAGCGUAAACCUCACUGAAACCUGUUGACUCUGGCGGCGGUUCAAGUGUUUGAAAAGCAAUUAAGAAAAAUUCAAUGCCCAGGUAUCCUUCAGUGGUGGGCAAAGGAAUCCUCACAGGUAUUCGGUGAGAAUUCUAAUAAUUGGUUGCCCAUCUUGAGUUUACUUGGCCUGGCCGACUCAACAUUACGAAGUUUGCUGUGAUCAGCAUCUGUGGUGAUGCAAAUCUGAUGCACUUGAUGCGAGGGUAGAAACGCAGGUCUAGAUUCCACCGUGGUUUGUAGAAGUCACUGAGGACUGAGCUGCCUGCAUCAUUUUGCGGAGCUGAACGCAAGGUGCUUCCAUCUACAAUCCGUCUGGUUCCACGAGUCUCAUGUAGCUUCUACUUAAGUUUCCAGGCGCCGACUUGUGAUGGUUUCUGAACUUCACAAGGGUUCAGUGCAGAACUGGAGACAGUCUCUCGAUGCUGAGGUCGGAAGUUUCAGGCUUCUUGCGUUCUCUUCUGGAGAUGCAAAGCUGAUUCUGUAAGGGUGGUUGUAGUUUGAUAAACUAUCUGAUUCAGUUUCUUCUAAUGCACCGGAGGGUUAUAUCUUGCGUAAACGUUUACAGAUCCAUGUUGUCUUCUGAAGGGCUUCCAUUCUUCGAUUUAGCUGGUUUGAAGGCGGCACCUUGACGGAGUCUCACGACAACAAGGCUAUCAACCAGUCGAAGGGGUUCGGCUAGAGUUCGUCAGAGUGGUGUCAGACCGCAAGGAGCGAAGAAGAGACUUUUGUUUUGUUUUGUUUUGUUUUUUUUUUUUGAGUGAUAAUACAGGUCGGGUGAAGUAAGAGGUUUGAGCGCGGCGUUUUGCUGCGGCUGUGAAUCUAGAGAACGAGGUGAAAAUAAGCCGAAAAGAUCAAGCGAGAUGAGAGUUGGUACUCAUUUCCCGGACAGAUGCAACAUAUGACUAAGUGAAUAGUGAACAAUUUUCAGUCGAUUGAAUCUGGGAAAUAUAAAGUCGUGACACCGGCAUGGCUUCGUCUGAAUCGAAAAUACGCAAGGAUUUGGCUGCUUCCUGCGUCCGGCAGUUCUUCACACUUGCGACCUAUUUCGUGCUAACAAUUGGAUUGUUAUCCGUCCACAUUGGUGCGGCUAUUUCUGUAGGUGAAGUAGGAUUGAAACCGAGCACUGGAAGACGAGUGCUGGCCGUGAAUUCGACACGAAGUGUAUUAGAAGAUGGUGAGGCUUUGCUUCAAAUUAAGGCCGCGAUCACCGACGAUCCUACAAAUGCCACAUAUUGGUGGAAGCGCACAGGGGCCAAGCAAACGCUAAAUCCUUGCAGAAUGAAGAACUAUACGAAGCAGUAUUGGCCUGGGAUCGAUUGCACUGACAAAAGAGUGACGUCCAUAAACCUUGCCAACAUGAGCUUGAAGGGUACAUUGAGCCCCUACCUUGGCGCUCUCUCCUCAUUGAAACAGCUCGACUUGUCUAACAAUCUACUUACUGGGGCGAUUCCGGUAGAGCUUGCGCAAGCAACCAAUUUAGAAACCUUAAAUCUUGGCAACAAUCGUCUCGACGGGGAAUUGCCAACUUUCUUGGGGAACAUGAGGAACCUCACUUCAAUAAAUGUAGCAAACAACCUGCUAGUAGGAUCUAUCCCGACGUCGAUCGGCAAUAUGUCAGUCUUGCAAAGGCUCAACAUGUCGACGAAUAACCUCACGGGGCCAAUCCCUGCAGUUUUGAAUCUGUGCGCGAGGCUCACGCUGGUAGACUUAAGCAGGAACGGGCUUCAAGGGCCUGUACCUUUCCAGAGCUUAGGGAAUUUGACGUUGCUCAAUUUGCGAGAGAACGAUCUAACAGGGGAUUUUGUCACGAAGUUGGCAACGUUUCCGAAACUGCAAGACCUGGAUUUAUCGUUUAACAGGCUGACCGGAAGCAUACCGGCCAAUAUUUCAACCCUCCCUCUGACGAACCAGCUCUCCCUGGCGUACAACCAACUUUCUGGAAUGAUCCCAAUCGAAAUCGGCGGGCUGGCGGUCCUACAACGAAUCAAUCUUUCGACAAAUCUGUUCACCGGAAUCUUACCCGAGACUGUGGGCUCACUCUCUGCACUUCGUGAACUUGAUGCAUCCUCCAACCAAUUGAUUGGUCCGCUACCGGAUUCGCUAAGUACUGGUGUGCUUACUUCUUUAGUCGUUCUGAACGUCUCGCGCAAUGCAUUGGGUGGGAGGCUCCCCCAUCUUGCUAGACUUAAAAACACCCUCAGAGUGUUCGACGCAUCUUACAACAAUCUCUCGGGUCCAGUUCCUGACGAUUUCGUUGAUUAUCCCUCGCUUUUGUAUCUCAACGUUUCGCAUAACAACUUGCGAGGAGAUGUUCCAUUCUUUCAAGAGCACGACGGUGUGAAUACGAGCAGCUUCAUCCACAACCAGGUGUGCGGGCGAAACUUUGUGUUAAUAAAAGUUUGUAGAAAUCGAUCAGAGGAGGACCGCUCCAAUUCCAGAAAGAACAACAUGGUUGCAAUAUUGGUGGGAGCAGCAGUAGCGUUUGUGGUGGCGUUUGGGACUGCAGUAUAUUGCUGCAACAAAUCGCUACGACAAAAUAAAACGAUCGCAAAAGACACACCAAAUGUUUCUGUGGAGCUAGGAGCGCAGGUCACCCCAGAGGAUAUCAUGCGCCUCACUAUAAAUUUCAACGAGCAGAACAAGCUCGGUGCUGGAAGCCUGGGCACCGUAUACAGAGCAAUCCUCCCCGACGAGAGUGUGGUGGCGGUGAAGAGCCUGGCCAUCCAGAAUAGCGAAAUCAAUACGAAAGUAGAACAAGCAAUAGCUAAUGGCUUUGAAAGCCUCGGCCAUCUGCGGCACUGGUCGCUCGUCAAGCUGCUGAAUUAUUGCUGCAGUCCUGACAUCAAUGCAAUCGUAAUGGAGUACAUGCCAAAUGGCACGCUCAACAAUAUGUUGUACCCAACGAGUGAUGACCAAUUCGGGAGAGUGUUCAACUGGCAUCUCCGUUUAAACGCAGCCAUCACUAUAGCCGAAGGACUGAACUACCUUCACCACGAGUGUCCUACUCCUACUGUCCAUGGUGAUUUGAAACCGAGCAACAUUCUGUUCAACAUCUUCAUGGAAGCAAGGGUUAGCGAUUUUGGUGUCGCGAAGAUAUUGCGCGAUCAAGGAGUUGGUGCUGGACGGGUAGCUUAUGCCAGUGGCUAUGUGGCUCCAGAAGUUUCAACUGAAGGACCCACGAUCAAGGGCGACGUCUACAGCUUCGGCAUCGUCCUACUGGAAAUGAUCUCUGGCCGGAGUCCUCAAUCUCUUGCAAAUGGGCAAACCUUGCCACGAUGGAUACGAGAAACACUGACGGAUUCCAAAACGCUCCCGAACGUCCUCGAUAAGAUCCUCAAGGAACAAUAUGAGGAGAAGGACCAGAAGAUAUCGAUGGUAGUAGGCGUGGCGCUCAUGUGCACACGCGACAACCCAGAAGAGCGGCCCUACAUCAACGCAGUGCUGAAGGAUCUGAAUCGCAUCAAGGCGAGAACGGAAGCAGGUAGCAGGGCCGGAUCAAUGAGGUGGCGAAGCAGUCCGAGCACGCACAGAAGAAACGAAGAAAUCCGGCAGGAGGUGCCCGGAAUCACCAUGAUACCAUCUCCUCCGAUCACACCCCCAGGCGGUGCUCCACCGCCGCCAUUGCCAAUCAAUGCACUGACUCAUACCCCCUCGCUAUCGAAUUGGACCCCAUCACACGAAAACAGAUGAGCACCAAAUCUCACAACAAUUCUAUUAGAAUUCGCCCAAUCUCACACUCCUCGAGGUAGCUUAUGACCUGCAAUCCAUGAAGCGCCUUCGAGAUCGCUCUGAUUCGGCGACAAUCUCAACAUCUUUCCGAUCCUUGGUGCGAUUGGAUGCAAUUUGGGUAGAAAAACUCGCUACCCACAAUUUGUCCCCUCUGCGUGUAGAAUCAAUUUCAGCAGUAGACUCGUCGAUGUUCGACGGAUGUUUCCGUGGCGCAGCGCAACUGUGAAAACCCUAACUGGGAAUUGUGUAAUGCCGCUUCGCUGCGCCAGACCGUGAUUAACACACGCGAAACACUAAAAAAAUAAUUGUAACAUCGUGCAAAAGACCAAGUUUUAGGGCUUAGUGAGAGUUCUGUUUCUCGUAUGGGUUUGGCACCUCCGAAUUCUGACACUAUGAUUUUUAGUUUCUUCGUUUCUAAUCAAAAUAAUUCUUGUCCCUGGAAACA